AUGUAUGUUUCUACAUUGGUUGCCACUAAUGCCUUGCUGGCGUCGGCUACUGCCGCCCAGCUUCUUACUGAUAUCAAUCGAAUCCAAAAGUACUGGGGAGAAAUGACUCCCUAUUCUGACAAUGAAGAAGAUUAUUUCGGUGUAGAUCAUGUCGGACUUCCAGAAGGUUGCCAAGUUGAAUCGGUACAAACCCUUCAAAGACAUGCACAGCGUUUUCAGACAACUUCAGUAGAUGAUGGCGUGAAUGAUGAGCGAUUCGCUGGGAAGGUUACAAACUUCACCUCAACCUCCACUAACGCGACGUUCACUGGCCCUCUUGCUUUCCUCAACACUUAUGAGUACGCAAUGGUCGACAAUGGUCUUCUGACUGGAAUGGGCGCAAUUACAGAAUUCACUUCUGGUGUUUCUUUCUGGAAUCGAUACGGCCGCACUUUAUACAAUGCAUCCGUUGGGCAACUUGCCUACGACCCUCUAUAUCCUAACGGCACUGCACGUCCUAAGAUUACCUUGCGCACGACCUCACAAUCGAGAAUCGAGAACAGUCAAAUUAAUUGGGCAUUAGGAUUCUUUGGCCCAAGUUAUGCUACCAUCCCAGAUCCUACUUUCGAAAAUGUGACUGCCGGAUUUGAUGUGGUAAUUAUUCCUGAAGGAGGAACCGAGAAUAAUACCUUGGCAUCAUAUGAUAGUUGUUUCAACGAUUAUGUUGACGGUAUUUGGAACAUUGGAGAUCUGGAUCUUUACACUUAUCUUCCUAAAUACUUGGGUAGCGCGACCAAAAGAUUACAGAAAUACACACCUUCUGGUUUUGAAUUGACAUACAAUGAUACAUAUGCUAUGCAAAGCAUCUGCGCAUACGAGCAUGCGUAUAUUGGUAUGAGCGACUUUUGUGGGUUGUUCACCGAAGACGAGUGGGCUGGGUUUGAGAAUACUUUAGAUAUGAUAUAUUGGUACGAUUAUUCGUAUGGAAAUCCAACUGGACGCGCUCAAGGACUCGGAUAUGUCCAAGAGCUCCUUGCCCGUCUUCAACACCAAUAUAUCACCUCUUCCAACUCAUCCAUAAAUUCCACCCUCGACGACAACCCAACUACCUUCCCAUUGGACCAAAAGUUUUACGCCGAUUUUUCCCACGACGAUAUCAUCGUUUCUGCUUUAACAGCAAUGAGUAUGGAUUACUUCCGGGACGCUCCUAGCCUAACGCAGUACCCACCCAACCCAAAGAGAAAGUUUAUUCUCUCACAAAUCACCCCAUUCGGCGCUCGUCUCAUCACCGAAACCAUUGGAUGUAGUUCAGCUAACCCAAAGGCCGAAAAGUCUUCAAAGGUUCAAUACACACCGACUCAAUAUGGAUACGAUCCCGCAAAUGCCACGAACAAGUUUAUUAGAAUGAGACUCAAUAAUGGUAUACUUCCAUUGGAUACCAUUCGAGGUGGUGCGUGCAAAGGCAGAUCAGAUGGAAUGUGUGACAUGAGUAAAUUUUUGGAGAGUCAGAGUAAUGCGACGGCGAUGGCAAAUUAUGAAUACGUUUGCUUUGGAAAUUAUACCUUAACUAAUGUUACAAGCGGGAAGGAUUUUGAUGGCACUUUGUUUGCCUGA